UUUGUAAUUCCUUUCAUUGAAGGUGUUGUAUGAAAAUAAAUAUUAUUUUUAUUGAAUAAAUGCUAACGUACAGCAUUUGAGUUUUUAAUACUUGUUUAUGAUGGAAACAAACCUGACGCGUUUUGUAAACAAAACACAUUCACGAGCUCAACAUGACAGCGCCCUCUAACGGCAGCGUUAUUGUUCGCUCAUCGAGACUAGUUAAUACACAAUUUUAUGUUUUUUUUAAUUGUGCUAAAUGCUGAUUUUAAUUGGUGCUUAUGCAAUGAUUAUUUGAUAUAAGUAUCCGGACCGUAUGAUAAAGCAUAUUUUUUUUCAAUGUCACUGUCUGAGCCCAGCCUCUAGAGGGUGCUACUGAGAUAGUUUGGUUAAUGGUGAACACAGUUAUGACGAGCGAGGUCAGAGUUGAAUGUUUGACAGAGAGAGACCCCAAUAUGGAUGCCAUAUUCCACGAGAAACAAGAGGGCUCUCUCUGCGCCCAGCAUUGCCUCAACAACCUGCUGCAGGGUGAGUACUUCAGCCCUGUGGAUCUUUCCUCUAUUGCCCAUCAGUUGGACGAAGAGGAGAGGAUGAGAAUGGCGGAGGGAGGAAUGGGCAGCGAGGAGUAUAGGACUUUUUUACAGCAACCUUCUGGAAACAUGGAUGACAGCGGGUUCUUUUCCAUACAAGUUAUUAGCAAUGCUUUGAGAGUUUGGGGAUUGGAGCUAAUCCUCUUCAACAGUCGGGAGUACCAGAGCCUGAUGAUAAAUCCAAUAAAUGAAAAAGCCUUUAUAUGCAAUUAUAAGGAGCAUUGGUUUACUAUUCGCAAACUUGGACAACAGUGGUUUAACUUGAAUUCACUUUUGACUGGACCAGAGUUGAUAUCAGACACAUACUUAGCCCUUUUCCUCGCACAGUUACAGCAAGAAGGUUAUUCCAUAUUCGUGAUCCGCGGAAACCUUCCAGACUGUGAAGCAGAGCAGAUUCUUGGAAUCAUGAGAGUGCAGCAACAACAGCGGCCGAGGCUUAUCGGAGAGGACGAGGCUCAGACAAGUGCAGGUAGGUCAGCAACACUGGGUCAGACAGAGAUGGUCUGUGGCGUGGAGAGCAACGUCGUGGAGGAAGACGAGGAGCUGAAGAGAGCUCUGGCGCUCAGCAGACAGGACAUAGAUGUAGAAGAUGAGGAAGCUGAUCUACGCAGGGCCAUUCAGCUUAGCAUGCAAGGAGCUGUGUUGGGCAGCACAUCGUCAGAUUCUGAAGGCGGACAUUUGAAGUUGGACAGUGAGGCUACAGGCGGACCAAGAGUCCAAAAUGAGGUGCUCACCGUAGAGGAGCUGAGGAAGAGGAGGCAGGCUUACUUCAAUCAGCAAGAGCACCAACUUCAAUCAAACAUUCCUCAACACACCAACUCUGCAUCAAUAGAGAACCCUCGCACUCCAUUGGACCAACAGCAAAAGCCCAGCCUGUGACUUGUGGGGAAAAAAGCUCAGCGUACGUUGUUAUAACGCCAUGCUAGGGGUGGCUUCGCUCCUUCCUCUAACCUUUUUUGGCUCUUUUUGCGAACACGUGGACAUUCAGGAGGCUUUUUCCGUGUUUGGUUCGCGAAUGGAUGUUAGAGAACGACAACAGAGAAUAAAGCAGCAGUCGCCUUUCGUGUUAUUUACACCGUGGCUGCAAAGAAGCUGAACUCAUGAUGCAGUGAAACAAGUUUGCCUUUUUUUUUUUUUUUUUUUUUUUUUUUUUUAAAUACCAUGGCGCCUUCUAUUUCUACGGUAUACUGUCUUGUUUUCUAAUUUUUUUUUCCCAAAAAAAGGAACCAUUCCCUACAAAUGUUUGUUUGCGAGAGAUGAACGCAUGGAUCUUGUCCACAGUUAUAAAUGUGCUUCUAUUUCUGUAUUAUUUUGACACGAGACAACGCUAACUGUAGGUUUAUUUUCAAUUUUUCGCUGAAUAUGUUGACAUUUACAUUAACAAGGAACAAGGUUUUCAGUCUGCAUGUGAUAAUUUAAUUCAUUAUUCCAGCAGGACGUCUUACAUUCUCUCCUCAUCAGCGUGUGUGUGUGUGUGUGUGUGUGUGUGUGUAUGUGUGUGAUAGCAUGAAAUGUAUUAAUAACAGCACAUAUAUUGACUUUUGUUUUGACAACUGCCCUUUAAAAAGUCUCCACUCAGUAAUGUGUACUAAAUUUAGUAAUCAUGGGAUUCAGUCAAAAUUGAAACAUUGAAUAAUAACGUGAUAUCAGACAGCAUUAAAAUAUUUCUGUUAAUGAGUAUUCAGUUAACAUUUGUUUUUUCGAUUCGUUUUCAUCGUUUUCUGCCUGAUUUGAAAUGAUGUGAAUUUUUUUAGGGAUCACAUUACCGGUUUCACUCACUACAUUCUUACUCUAAGUACUAACAUGUUUUUCUUCCAUAAU